CCCGAGCGGGUGCCAGUGAAGGUGGCGAUGGGGCGUUUCUCGUUUUUAUAGCUCGUGGAGAGGCUUGGCUGGUGAAGCGGGGGUGGCGGCGGUGUGUGACGCUCAGUGAAGUGGCGCAAGUGGGUGUUGGGCACGGAGGUGCGGCGGCGUGGUACUGUGCCGAGAUGUUGGACGGCUGCAACAGGGUAUGUUCGUUGUGACAGUGACUACACGGUGAGGGCAUGGCCCAGAUCUUGUGGUGCUGUGACGGCGGGGCGGCGCGGCGGCCACCUCUCGCUGGCGUGCUUCUCAGGGCCGUUGCGACUGCGGGGAUCAGGACUGAUUCAGAGUUUGGCGGCGUUGCUCCGAGGUACCGAGGGUUUCGGCCUCCCGUGCUCUUUAUCUACCAAGCUCCAGGGGGCGACCAUCACCAACCAGGUGCUCGAGGAGGUCGAUCGAUGGCGUCGGAGAAAGACGCGGCGCUCGCCGCCGUGCCCAACGACAACCCCACCAUAUUUGACAAGAUCAUCAAAAAGGAGAUACCUUCUACAGUGGUGUAUGAGGAUGAGAAGGUCCUCGCUUUCAGAGACAUAAAUCCUCAAGCUCCGACCCACAUUGUAAUCAUUCCCAAAGUCAAGGAUGGAUUAACCGGCCUUUCAAAGGCAGAAGAGAGGCAUGUAGAGAUACUUGGCUGCCUCCUCUACGCUGCAAAAGUUAUCGCAAAGCAGGAAGGACUUGAAGAUGGCUACCGUAUUGUCAUCAAUGAUGGCCCUAGUGGAUGUCAAUCUGUUUACCACAUCCAUGUCCAUCUCCUUGGAGGGAGGCAGAUGAACUGGCCCCCAGGCUAAAGAAGCUCUUGGUUGUCGGUCAAUCUUCAUGGCAGCUAUGUCCUUUGCAUCUCAAUCGAAUAAUUCCUGUAAUUGACAUAACAGUCUGUGCGAGGAACAUUUGCUCUAUCUAUGGAAUUGCCGAAACCAUCCUGCUAUGAAUGUAUGGACAAGAAACUUGAAGCUGAACUCGGCUCAUUGAUGUGUGUUCUGUUCUUUCUA